CCUCCCCCCUCCUCUUCCUCAUUAUCACCUUCCUUCACACCUGUUGCUAUCUAAAUCAAUUCCAACACAAGUCUCCUCACCUUCGUCUCAAAUCUCCGCUCUAACUAUCAGUUGUCGAGCUCCAUAAGGAACAUUUAUCAAGACAAGAUACCUGGAGGUGGUCAUGGUGAGAGGGAGAGGUGGUGGAGCAGGUAAGCAGCAGCAUGCUACCUCCUUAGCGGUCCAGCGGUGACUGAGUCCCCGGUGGGUACUUGCUAUUCACGUCUCGUUCAAUGGCUGCCUGGGGGGAAAGAUGCGCCGCCUACCCGCAUUAUCCAGCCAAUCACGUGGGGCCUUCCAGCCUGCAACUGACUUCCACGGGGUUUUAUAUUUGCGUUUGUUGUGACUGGUGACGUUGCGACGUUUGAUGUGUGUAAAUGAUGCUAAGAUGUUUGGUAAAUCUUACAUCAGUGAGGAGGAGACUCCCGUGUCAGGGGAAAGUGAGGGAUGAAUGUGUUUUAUUGGUGGAGUUUGAUGGAGUGUGAGUGUUGGCGGGGUCGCACUGGGGUCAGGCCAGGGGAUACUCUUGGGCCGCAAGAGUUAAGAGUUGUGAUCUGGCCGCAUCCAGGUUGGUCGCGUUGCCGCCAUCCCUCCCGUCCUCGUGCGUCCGUGGCAGGUAGCACCGCUGGACCCUUCCUAUCCUGCUGGAGACCACCGCUGCAGUGAGUGUGGAGGCUUGGAGGGCGAGUGUGGCGGCCAGGGCGGGGAUCUCCAAGAAUCACAGUCCCCUAAGACCUCUGGCCUCCACCUGCCCUAGCGCUGACCUGCCCUAGCGUUGACCUGCCCUAGCGUUGACCUCAUUCCUGGUGUGCAGGGCCCAGUGUGUGUUUUAGUCCAGUAGCUGCGUGGGAGCCUCUGUGUACACACGCUCCAUGUGUACCCCUUCCCCCCGCCCUCCAUGCGCACGUACACUGGCUCGAUGCUACUUACGUACAUGCCAGACCCAGUGCCAAAGAUUGACCCUCCCCGCCCAGUGAUAUCAGUGCCACAGGAUAAGAUCAAACGACCCGAAUAGUGAUUUGAAAUGUCUAGAUAAAAAGUUUGGGACCUAAGACCGUAAUGACCUCACCUAGCAACGAUCAGUGUGAGAGAGAUAUGCUGGUGUCACAGAAGUGUGAGAGAGAUAUGUUGGUGUCUCAGAAGUGUGAGAGAGAUAUGCUGGUGUCUCAGAAGUGUGAGAGAGAUAUGCUGGUGUCUCAAAGCUUAGUGAUGUACAACAAUAUGGUGUGCCAAGUGGAUGCCCACAAGGAGCUUGAUCAUAGUUCACCUGAUGUGACCCAGGCACUGCCGUGUGACACAUCUGUGACCCAGCUCUCCUCACCCCUGGCUAGGACCACUCCAGACCAAGUCAUUCCUCCAGACCAAGGAAUCAAGGAGGAUGUCACCAGUUACCAGGGUUCACCUUCCACCAUCACUAAGAUGAGCCAGCUGUGCAAGGUGUGUGGUGAACCAGCUGCGGGCUUCCACUUCGGCGCCUUCACCUGCGAGGGAUGUAAGUCGUUCUUCGGGCGGACGUACAACAACCUGUCGUCGCUGAAUGAGUGUAAGAACAGCGGUCGUUGCAUCAUCAACAAGAAGACGCGGACGUCUUGUAAGAGUUGUCGUCUGCGCAAGUGUCUGAUGGUGGGCAUGUCGAAGAGUGGUUCCAGGUACGGGCGUCGCUCCAACUGGUUCAAGAUCCACUACCUGAUGCAGGGUAACAGCAGCAGCACCACCACUACCACUAGCACCACCAGCAGCAGCGGCAGCGCCACCAGCAGCACUUACACUACCUCGGCUGACAUGAUGCUAGGCAGUGAGAGUUCCUCCAACAACAACACCACCACCACCACGGCAGCCUCUACUUCUCCUGGUCUCCUCAGCCCCUCCCACAACGCUAAGACACUCAGCCAUGAUUUUAGAGAUUUCAAGGAUUUUAAGUUUAGUCCAGACUUCAGCCUUAGUCCAGACUUCACCCUUAGUCCAGACUUUAAAAUUAAUCCCGACUUCAAGUCUGGGUUAGAGUACAAGAGCCUCAAGUCUCCCACACCGUCCUCGUCAGAGUCCCAUAACUCAGAAUCCUCGCUGGAGCUCACUGACAAGUCUCUUUUUCCGCCGUUCUCGGAUCACCUUUACUCGAAGGUGCUGGCGCUGUACAACCUCCGAAAACUGACCCCUCCCUUCCCCCUACUUUCCCCCCUGCCUCACAGCCCACCGCUCCUUAUUUUACUAUCCCUCGCUUUCUCAGUCUACUCCGCCGCCAAUACCUCGAUCUCUUUUACAAAAAGGCGCGGCAAAAGCGAGGCCUCGCACCCUUUGCCUCGGGGAGGGCCCCCAGAGACCGGGCCCCUCGCCCAGCCAAGAGUUCCCCCCCCCCAUCAAAGUUCUUCAACCCCAAAACCCCUCGCGUCCUCACCCUGCCCUGAGGUGGCGGUGAGAAACAUUUCCACUUUCGCCAGUCCGGGGCGUUUUUGCCUCUGGGCAGAGCUGCCACUGGGGACAUCUCCCCAAGUUUAA